AUGUCCGGUAAUGACGUAGCAGUCAUCAAGUUGAAGCAGAAGAUAAAAUUUGGCAGUGGGGCUCAUGUGGGCAAGGUGUGCAUUGUGUCAGAGCACUCAAGGGUGGCCGACGCUUCUGCCUGUCAGAUUGUCGGCUGGGGCCAGUCUAAUAGGCCGAAUAAGCGUGUGCAGCAUUUGGAGUUCGCAGAUAUACAUCUGCAGACUAGGGACACAUGCAAAGGACGGUACAAUGAUCAGCUGUUGCUCUGCGCGGGCGGCGACCCCUCCGGAAAAGAUACUUGCUUUGGAGAUUCAG